AGGAGGUGGCGGGAAAUUCAAAAAUCGAAUCCGAAGUGGAGGAAGCGGAUCAGCUGGCCAUGGAGCGAUCUGCGGGAGGCUCCGGGCAGGGGCUGCCUCGGUCAGGGUAUGAACGCUUGACCGCAGAUGAAAUGGACGAGAAAAGGCGUCAGAAUGAGGCAUACCAAUAUCUCUGCCGCUUAGAGGAAGCUAAACGCUGGAUGGAGACCUGCUUGAAGGAGGAUCUGGCUUUGCCAACCGAACUGGAGGAAAGUUUGCGAAAUGGUGUCAUCUUGGCCAAGCUUGGCCACUUCUUUGCUCCAGAUGUGGUUCCCUUGAGGAAGAUCUACGAUCUAGGUCAGGCACGUUUCAAGGCGUGUGGGCUACACUAUCGUCAUACGGACAACAUCAACUACUGGCGGGAAGCUAUGAGUCACAUUGGAUUACCUGCGAUCUUCCACCCUGAAACGACAGACAUCUAUGACAAGAAAAACAUGCCUCGUGUUGUCUAUUGUAUUCAUGCUUUGAGUUUAUACCUGUUUAAACUGGGGCUGGCUCCCCAGAUCCAGGAUUUGUAUGGGAAAGUAAACUUCACAGGGGACCCCAAUGCCCAGUGUGAGGAGUCAGCCAAAUGCCUGGAUGAAGAUGACAGUCUUUGCCAGGCGCGGAAACUGCAAGAGAGGAGACUCAAGGGGGCAGCCUAUUGGCGUGGAUGCCGACAGCGGAGGCGCUACUUGGAAAGACUGCAAUAUCUGAGGGAGAACACAGAUGCUGUGAUAAAGAUACAAGCUUGGGUACGGAUGCGGCGCCUGCGCAAAAGGUAUCUAGAACGGCUGCGCUACUUCAGGAAGAAUGUCAAGGCUAUAAUUAAAAUCCAGGCAUUUGUCCGAGCUAAUAAGGCUCGAGGGGAUUACAGGAUGCUGGUGCACAGCCGGAACCCGCCACUCAGCAUUGUCCGGCGCUUCGCCCACCUGCUGGAACGGAGCCAGCGUGACUACUGGGAGGAGCUGGAGCUGCUGGAUCUCCAGGAGAGCGUGGUAAGGGGGAUCCGCUCCAACCAGCAGCUGGAGAGCGACCUCAACCUCAUGGAUAUCAAGAUUGGAUUGUUGGUCAAAAAUAGGAUCACCCUUCAGGAGGUGGUCUCUCACUGCAAGAAGCUGACCAGGAAAAACAAGGAGCAGCUUUCAGAUUUAAUGGGCCUAAACAAGCAAAAAGGGCUGAAAGCACUCAGCAAGGAGAAGCGGGAGACCCUGGAGGCAUACCAGCACCUCUUCUACCAGCUGCAGACCCACCCGCUCUACUUGGCCAGGCUGAUCAUGCAGAUGCCCCAGAACAAGUCCACCAAGUUCAUGGAGUCAGUGGUCUUUACGCUCUUCAAUUACGCCUCCAAUGCCCGAGAGGCCUACCUCCUGCUCCAGCUCUUCCAAAGUGCCUUGCAGGAAGAGAUCAGGCUAAAAGUUGAUCGGCCCAGUGAUAUCCUAACGGGAAAUCCAACAGUGAUCCGCUUGGUGGUGAGCUUUUAUCGGAAUGCCCGUGGACAGAACGCCUUGCGCCAGAUCCUGGGGGGAGCCGUGCAGGAGGUUCUGCAGAACAAAGCCCUCAGCAUCCGCACCAGCCCUGUGGAGAUCUACAAAGGCUGGGUCAACCAGAUGGAGUCUCAGACCGGGCAAAAAAGCAAUCUCCCGUACGAUGUUAGCCCUGAACAAGCCCUUACCCACUUCGAGGUCCAGAGGAGACUGGACAUCUCCAUUCGCAAUCUCUUGGCAGUGACAGACAAAUUUCUCUCGGCCAUCCUGACUUCCGUGGACAAAAUUCCUUAUGGGAUGCGUUACAUUGCCAAAGUCUUGAAAGUGUCUUUAACCCAGAAGUUUCCACAUGCUCCUGAGGAAGAUAUCUACAAGAUUGUGGGGAACCUGCUGUACUACCGUUUCAUGAACCCAGCGGUGGUUGCUCCAGAUGGUUUCGAUAUCGUUGACAUUUCAGCCGGGGUAGCCCUGCAUCCUGACCACAGGCGCAACUUGGGGUCCAUUGCCAAGAUCUUGCAACAUGCUGUAGCCAACCAGAUGUUUGAAGGGGAGAAUAGCCAUCUCAAGGUGAUCAACCAGUACCUGGAGGAAACGCAUCUUAAAUUCAGUUUGACAGGAGAAAGUGUGAGAAAUGGAGCUGAUGGAAACUCGGAACAGGCCCUCUCUCAGCUCGCCAAUACAGAGAUCUCACUUACCCUCGCCAGUAAAUUUGAUGGGGCAGAGACCGACGUGGAGGGAAAGGAUAUCAAAAGCUUGUUGCUGAGCACCAAACAGAUGCUGGUGGACGUGAUCCAGUCUCAGCCUGGAGAUUCCCUUAUGGAGAUAUUGCGGACAAAGGCGUCGGAGGAGCAGGAAGUCCUCCACCACCACCUCAUGAAGAGGAGGGCCUUAUACGAUGCUCAGGCCCCAGACAAGCUGAGGCACAACCGCUCCCUGGCUGGCAACAGUUUCCUCUCGAUAGAGGAGAAGAAGAGGAAAGUCAUCAAGAAUUUGCGGCGUCUCGAAAGUCUGGGCAUGGUGGAUUCUGCCAACCAGUAUCAAGAGAUCAUCAACGAGAUGGCCAAGGAUAUCCGCAACCAAAGACAAUAUCGGCAGCACCGUAAGGCGGAGCUGGUGAAGCUGCAACAGACCCUCCACGGGCUCAACUCCAAGAGGAUGUUCUAUGAGGAGCAGGUGGAUUAUUACAAUCAGUACAUCCGGACCUGCCUGGACAACCUCACUGUCAAAAACAAGCCCAGCAAGAAGCAAACAACGCUCCAUUACACUGCGGCUCGUCUCUUUGAAAAGGGUGUUUUGCUGGAGAUCGAAGAUCUCCCCGUCAGCCAGCUUAGGAAUGUCAUUUUUGACAUCGUUCCCUGCGGAGAAGCUGGCCAGUUCCAGGUGAAGGCAAAGUUUAUGGGGAUUGACAUGGAAAAGUUUCAGCUCCAAUACCAGGACCUUCUUCAGCUGCAGUACGAGGGCGUUGCCAUCAUGAAAAUGUUUGACAAGGCCAGAAUUAACGUCAACCUCUUGAUCUUCCUCCUCAACAAGAAGUUCUUCAAAAAAUAGCCGGAUGCUGUCGGGAGGGGGGAAAUUGGGCUACGGAUCUGGGAAAUAAACACAGAGAAUAUGUUGUUGAGAAAGGGACUUUGACAUGAUGCCAAAGAAACAGGAAUACUCAGUGACAUUAUUGCUCUCUGUUAAUAACUGCACAACCAUCAACUUGAAGGGGCUGGUCUGCCGCUCAUCAUUCAAUGUCCAAGCUGUUCCACUUCACACUGGAGUGAUGGGGGCUUCGAUAAUUUAAUAUUCCUCCAGAUGAUGAUAUCCCUGUACCUAGAAAGGUAGCAUAUCUGGCAGAAGACUUUGCUCGAGGGCCCUUUUUCCUGAUCAUGCUAGCUUUCUAUAUGCAGGGAAUGCUUUUCCAUUCAGUGAAAUCUCUUGCGUGUCGAAAACUAGGAUAUCCCAGAGAAGGAUUCUUGUGCAACCAUCUCCCCAAAUUGCUAGCUUUCUGCGUUCAGACAUUUUGUAUGUACAUCUGAAGGAACAUUCUGCCCUUCUGUGACAGAAAUGGCAUAGCCCAAACUCAAAUCACCCACUUCUAUUUGGUUUUUCCCCCUUUGCACUCCAGUUCCUAGGUUUCCAAGAGCUCGCAUGCAAGUACAAUAUAUCUGCCCGUGCUAUGACUUUCUCGCUUGCAGACUGAAGCAUGCCUAGUUAAUUAGCAGAGGUCGCAACAACCUUUAAACAAGACCCUAGGCCCAUGCAAAGUCUCACAUGGGAAAGGUCCUUGUCUCUCCAGCAUCACAUAUAAAUCGGGCCCAAGCAUUUCCUACUUUGAUGGUGCUGUGUGUUGGGCCAGUCUGGAGAAACCAGGCAAAUGCUUGGCUGACACGAAACACAUCCAAAAAUCUACAUUGUGCUGCUGCUUUGCUACUUUCUGUCCCAGACAAUGACCUUGAUUACUAUUAGUUCUGUAUGCAUUUGUCUUGCUUUUUUAAGUUAUUCACGGAAAUGAGAUUCCGUUUUGCCAACUGUAAUUUUGUAGGAAACGUAUCCUUUUUCCCCUACCUGUUCCCAAAGUUCUGGAAUGCAUUUCCUUGAUCAUUCCGCAGGCGAACAAGAUGCAUCUCUAGUGAUACCAGUUUCUUAAAGGAGAGACCUCAGUAGCCGGAAUAAUUCUUGGAAAGGAUGGCAAAAUAUCAUAACCAGAGGACAUUUGCCUGAUCUCUGGGACAUUGACGUCUUGGCAUUUGAGCUGAAUGUGGGGACAUUACUGGCUGCCUGGUUUCAUGAUAUUAUUGUAAAUUAUGUACGUGUCCCUCUCAUUCUCUCUUUCUGUUUGGUUUCUGGAAGUUUGGCCUGUGUGAGUCAUGAUGGUGGAGGACUUUGCAUGUUUUUUUUCUAACGGUUUGCACAGGAGGGAUUUUUAAAUAAAUAAAAUACUUAUAUUGAA